GCAGGUGGUUUUGCGAUCGUGUUCCUCGUCAGGACUAACAAUGGGAUGAAGUGCGCCCUGAAGCGGAUGUACGUCAACAACGAGUACGACCUGCAGGUCUGCAAGAGAGAAAUCCAAAUCAUGAGGGACCUGUCUGGCCACAAGAACAUAGUGGGGUACAUCGAUUCCAGUAUCAACUCAGUAAGCAGCGGCGACGUCUGGGAAGUGCUGAUCCUGAUGGAUUUCUGUCGAGGAGGUCAAGUGGUGAACCUCAUGAACCAGCGCCUACAGACGGGCUUCACGGAGAGCGAGGUCCUGCAGAUCUUCUGCGACACCUGCGAAGCUGUAGCCAGGUUGCAUCAGUGUAAAACACCAAUAAUCCACAGGGAUUUGAAGGUUGAAAACAUCCUGCUGCACGACCGCGGCCACUACGUCCUGUGUGACUUUGGGAGCGCUACGAACAAAUUCCAGAACCCUCAAACAGAAGGGGUGAACGCGGUGGAGGAGGAGAUCAAAAAGUACACUACAUUAUCCUACAGAGCACCAGAAAUGGUCAACCUCUAUAGUGGCAAACUUAUUACUACAAAAGCAGACAUCUGGGCCCUGGGCUGUUUGCUGUACAAGCUCUGCUACUUCACUUUGCCGUUUGGGGAGAGCCAGGUGGCGAUCUGCGACGGCAACUUCACCAUUCCAGAUAACUCUCGGCAUUCGCAAGACAUGCACUGCCUCAUCCGGUACAUGCUCGAACCAGACCCUGACAAGAGACCUGACAUUUAUCAAGUUUCCUACUUUGCGUUCAAACUGGCGAAGAAGGAAUGCCCCGUCCAGAACGUCCAGAACUCUCCGAUCCCCGCUAAACUCCCAGACCCAGUUAAAGCAAGUGAAGCUGCUGCCAAGAAGAGUCAACCCAAGGCCAGGCUGACAGACCCCAUCCCUACGACAGAAACGUCCAUAGCUCCCCGCCAGAGACCUAAAGCAGGACAGACGCAGCCCAACCCUGGGAUUUUACCCAUCCAGCCAGCCCUGACGCCUCGCAAGAGACCCACGGCUCAAGCAGCCAUUCAGCCGCAAGUUGCAGGACCUGCUGCCCUGGGCAGUGCUCAGCCUUCGCUCCCUGCAAGCGUUCCCCAGCAAAAAGCUGCACCUCAACAGGCUCCAGCGCAGCCCCAAGCCAAGCAGGCGCCAGCUCCACCGCAGGCCCCAGCGGCGCAGCCCCAGGUCCCUUCUACUCAGCCCCAAGCCACCCCUCAGCAUCAGCAGCAGCUUUUCUUGAAGCAGCAGCUUCUGCAGCAGCAGCAGCAGCAGCAACAACAGGCUGCGUAUUACCAGCAGCAGCAGAUGAUGCAGGCUCAGCAGUUCCCAGUGAUGCAGCAAGGAGCGCCAGCACAGCAGCAGCUGAUGCAGAACUAUUACCAGCAGCAGCAGCAACAGCAGCAGCAGAUGAUGGCCCAGCAGGCAGCGAUGCAGCAGAAGACAGCGGUAGCAGCAGCUCAGCAAAAGCCGCAAGCCCCAGCGCCGCAGCCCCAGCCACAGCCCCAGGCCCAGCAAAGCGCAGCCCAGCCAGCGCAGCCGCAGGAGCAAGUGAUGCAGGGGCAAAUGAGGCAACAGCAGAAACCUCAAACCACGCCGCCCCCAGCAGCGCAGGGCCAGAAGCUGGGCUCUCUCACCCCUCCGUCCUCCCCCAAGACGCAGCGUGCAGGGCACAGGAGGAUCCUGAGCGAUGUGACCCACAGCGCGGUGUUUGGGGUUCCGGCCAGCAAAUCCACCCAGCUCCUGCAGGCGGCUGCUGCUGAGGCCAGUCUCAACAAGUCCAAAUCUGCUUCCACCACACCCUCGGGUUCCCCACGGACCUCCCAGCAGAAUGUCUACAACCCGCCCGAUGUCUCCGCGUGGAAUCCGUUUGAUGACGAUAACUUCUCCAAGCUCACAGCUGAGGAGCUGCUGAACAAGGACUUUGCAAAGCUGGGUGACGGGAAAGCUCCAGAAAAGAUGGGCACCUCCACUGAGAACUUGAUCCCAGGUUUCCAGCCGGCUUCAUCUGCAGCCCAGGCGGAUGCGUUUGGUGGCUCUUCCUUCACUGCUGGAUCAGCUGAAAAAACGAAAGACAUUCUGAGUCUGGACGCGAGCCCUCCUCUCCUGACUGUGCCUGAUCCUUUCAUUCCUCUCCCGUUAUCCGACACGCCAG